GAUGGCGGGUUCAACAACCAGCAUCAACAGAACUACAACAUACCGAUGAUGGACAACAGCCUGAACGGAGCAGCAAGACCAGCGCGACGAGGGUCACCCACCAAAAUGGGUGCACCUCCUGUCCCCCAAAUGGGUGCACAAAUGCCCUCACACACGUCACGACAAAGCAAUGAGCUGCAGUUCGAGGACUUCGGAAAUCACUUCAGCACACAACAGCCCCCGAACUUCGGCGCACCCUCGCCACAGGCGGGUCAGAUGGGCAUGGCAGGCGGUCAGUAUG